UGCCUCCGCCCGCCGCGCGGACCUGCGAGCCGGUUAGCAGCCGCCCGUCCGCCCGCCCGCCCGCCCGCUUGCCCGGGGCUGCGGUGGGCCAGGAUGUCGGGCUUCCUGGAGGAGCUGCUCGGCGAGAAGCUGGUGACGGGCGGCGGCGAGGAGGUGGACGUGCACUCGCUGAGCGCCCGCGGCAUCUCGCUGCUCGGGCUCUACUUCGGCUGCAGCCUGAGCGCCCCCUGCGCGCAGCUCAGCGCCAGCCUGGCCGCCUUCUACGGCCGCCUGCGGGGGGACGCGGCGGUGGCGGUGGCGGCGGCGGCGGCGGCGGCGGCGGCGGUGGCGGCGACGGCCGGGCCAGGGACCGCGGCCGGGUCGGAGCCGGGGGCCGGGGCGGCCGAGGAGUCCGAGCCGCGGCGCCGUCUGGAGAUCGUCUUCGUAUCUUCGGACCAGGACCAGCAGCAGUGGCAGGACUUCGUGCGGGACAUGCCGUGGCUGGCGCUUCCCUACAAGGAGAAGCACCGGAAGCUGAAACUUUGGAACAAAUACCGAAUUUCCAACAUUCCAUCACUCAUUUUCCUAGAUGCCACCACUGGAAAGGUUGUGUGCAGGAACGGCCUCCUGGUGAUCCGAGAUGACCCAGAAGGUCUGGAAUUCCCUUGGGGACCUAAGCCCUUCAGGGAAGUCAUUUCCGGGCCCUUGCUUAGAAAUAACGAGCAGUCGUUGGAGAGCAGCAGUCUGGAGGGGUCUCACGUGGGAGUCUAUUUCUCCGCACACUGGUGCCCUCCCUGCCGAAGCCUCACCAGGGUGCUGGUGGAAUCCUACCGGAAGAUCAAGGAGGCAGGCCAGCAGUUUGAGAUCAUCUUUGUUAGUGCAGACAGAUCAGAGGAGUCAUUCAAACAGUAUUUCAGUGAGAUGCCCUGGCUCGCUGUCCCCUACACCGAUGAAGCCCGGCGGUCACGCCUCAACCGGCUUUAUGGAAUCCAAGGCAUCCCCACGCUCAUUGUGCUGGACCCGCAGGGGGAGGUGAUCACGCGGCAGGGGCGGGUGGAGGUGCUCAAUGAUGAGGACUGCAGGGAGUUCCCGUGGCACCCCAAGCCUGUGCUAGAGCUCUCCGACUCCAACGCAGUGCAGCUCAAUGAGGGCCCCUGCCUCGUCCUUUUUGUAGAUUCUGAGGAUGAUGGAGAGUCUGAGGCAGCCAAACAGCUGAUUCAGCCAAUAGCUGAGAAAAUCAUUGCCAACUACAAAGCCAAAGAGGAAGAGGCACCUCUUUUGUUCUUUGUUGCUGGGGAGGAUGACAUGACUGACUCCCUGCGAGAUUACACCAAUCUGCCUGAAGCUGCCCCCUUGCUCACCAUUCUGGACAUGUCAGCCCGGGCCAAGUAUGUGAUGGACGUGGAAGAGAUCACCCCUGCCAUUGUGGAGGCCUUUGUGAAUGACUUCCUAGCAGAAAAACUCAAACCAGAGCCCAUCUAGUGGGACUCCGGCCUCUGGAGAUGUUAUUUAAGACAGUCUUCUCCUCCCCUUCCUUUCCUCCACCCUUGGAUUUUUUUCCAGCAUAUCCUGAAUCAAACAAUCCGUGUCCAACCUCUCUGUGGUGCCUUGUUUCUGCAUUUACUCCUCAGCCAGCACCCAAGGGUGUGAGUCCUCACAGCAGCAGCGGCAGCACCCAUCAUGUUUGGAGACUGCUUGGGGCUCAUGGGGAUGGCAUGAUCGGCCACAACUGGGACUGCCGCAUUCUCUCCAGGUCACUAGCUCUCCAUGAAAGACCAUAAGUGAGCUGGGACAGCCAAUGGGGCUCUGGCUCUGGCUGUGGGGCCAGCAUGCACACCCAGAGGCUGAGACAGCAGAAGGGAACUGCUCAGUGACAUUUACAGAUGCCCAUGGAGCAAAGAAAGCGCUAUGGCCUCAACAGGCAUCAUCUGAGAGCAUCCUUUUGCAAGGAACAUGGUUUGUCUUGGUUGGAUGGGAAUCAGCAGCUUGUCAGUGGGUUCUUGGUCAGGGGAGCUUCUCCCGCCCCCAAUCUAAAAGGAAGCAUGUAGGGUGUUAUGAGAAAAACAAGCAGCUAAACAAAUGAUUCAUAUAGUAAUUGCUUACUUUUGUUGGGUUCCUAUCAUGGGAUUAGUUUCUCAUUUCUUCUUUUGUUUCCUUCCUUCCUUCCUUUCCCAAGUUUCUGCCUGCUCCUACAAGCAGCUCCCACUAUCUUGGGGUUUCAUUUUUGAAUUCUUCCCCUUAGACAUCAUCCCAGAAUUUGGCCCUGAGCUCCUAGAGGAGCACUGCUCGGCCAACACAGACUUGUCUCAACCAGCAUUGGGCCAGAGGCCACCAAGUCUCCAUUGAUAUACCCUUCCCUAUUCCAUCACCUGUCAUUAUUCCUUUUCAAAACAGAAAAAAGUGACAAGAACUUAACCAGAAGCCUAGCUUUUCCCAAGAUACAGAAGUGCUAUAUCUUAGACCUGGGGCCGGAAUGAGAGGACAGGGGAUAUGGCAACUACCUGGAGGCCUUGGAUCUCCUUAGUUGGUCCCAAGUAGCUCAGUCUCUUGAGCUGAACUGACUACAAAGAGAAACACCAGUCUAUCCUUAGGAUUCAGGGUGUUGGGCCUUGUCCUAAGGAUUCCCAGGGGUGUAUAGUCUGUCUCAAUUAGAUGGUGGGACUUUAAACAAUCCCAGUUCCUUGCCCUCAGCUCUACUCAGCACUCUGCCAACCCAUUUAUUUGGAAAAUAUAGCUUCCUCCAAUAAGCUGUUGACACUGUUGUCCCAUGCUGAAUUGGAUUGUUGAUUUGUAGCUCAGAGGUGAAAAAUUAGUUGGUAAUUAGAGUAUUUGAUGUUGUCAGCCUGAAAUGCAAUCACCUAGAAAGAAAUAAAGCAGGCAUCUCUGGAUGUUAUCA